CGCUCGCCUUCGCCGGCCACACCACCCGCCCGUGCCCGUGCUCUGCUGCCUCGGCAGUCUCGCUUCGCCGCCGCCGCGACGCACGAGCCGGCCGCGGUGCGCUCGCCCGCGGGCUCCGUGGACAACCAUGUGGCCCCCAGAUCCUUUGCUGAAACUGGCAGCACUUGACAUCAGUAUCAGGGAUUCCUGGAGUGAUGAGGAACUUGUGAGAUUCUUGGCAGAGAGGAAAGCCGAGGACCCCCUUCCGCAGGACGUGCUUGCUGGUCUGGACUUCUCCCUCGUUGAUCCACGGGACUUCACUGACAUGUGGUACUUGAACUGGUCAGAUGAUCAACAGCCCUAUGAUAGUGCUGAAAACGGUAUUAGAAAGGCAAAGAAUGGAUACUGGAAACCUGUGGAGUCAUCCAGAAUACCAACAAGUACAGGUAUCUUGGGCAUGAAAAUUAUUUUGGAGUUUUAUGAAGGUCAAGCAUCAUGUGGCAAGAGAACUGGGUGGAUGAUGCAUGAAUAUCAAGUAGAACAGAAUGAUGAAGCUAAUCUCCCACAGGACUACAAGUCUUUGUGUAAAGUAUUCUUUCAGGGUGACAAUUGGGAUAGUGCUGAAAGUCAACCAAAUUCUCUGAAUGUAGAUGCUCCUAAUGAUAACUUGGAAUCAUACCUUCAGUAUCUUGCCAAACUAGAAGAGCCAAAGGAUGUUUUACAGUUUGACAAGGUGACUCCAGAUGCAAAUGAGCAGGAUGUUUCUAGCAAAAGACAGUUUGAGCAAAAACCUCUUGGUGCUGUAGACUAUAUUGAUGUUAUUGCUACUGGGGACUACUUAGAGUUGAAUGACCUACUAAGCUCAGAAGCGUCUGCAUCAACUUCAGAAAACUCAAGCAAGCGAUCUAUGAUUUCUGAGGAGUAUUUUGAUAGUGAUGCAUUGCUGGGUGAGAUUUUGAAAGGCAGUAACACAACUGAUGGACAAAAUCAAGACCACAAGUUUAGCAUAGCUGCACCUACUAAAUCAGCUAAUGUGGUCCUUGGCCCUUCAAAACAAGGGCUAGUUCAGAUCCAUGAUAACAAUGUCAUGGUGCCGGGAACUUCACAGAAGAAGCCACCGCCAGAAGGUGAUAGAGGUCAACAUUCAAGCCAAGGGUUUCAGCAUCAGAGUCCUGGGUCUUCCUGUUUCCCAAGUAGUCAUGUGAAGCGAAGCCGUUCCAACAGUUCGAGUAGCUCACAGAGCAGCAUCAAGUCUCAGAAAGAGCGGUCUACCAGUAAAUUUGGAAAGAUAGGAAAGAAGUACUGCUGCUUUGGAUCUUUCUAGUCCAGUGCAUAGCUUCUCUAUUUCUGUACAGGGUGGAACAUUGGAAGGUUCAGUUUUUCCCCUUCAUCAUUAGGCGCAUGAUACUACGCAAAUUGCUAUAGUCACAAUGGCUGAUUGACGCAACAAUUAGUUGCCAUAUGUUGUGAAAUUGAGUAAACUAGAUGGUAGCUAGUUUGAAGCUACAUGGAACAACACAAUACGAGCUGUGGAAAGUUUUCCAUUUUUUAUUCAUGCACUGAUAAUAUAGUGAAUACCCUGGCUGAUGAUUCUUUUA